AUGGACGUGGACAUGGACGUGGACGUGGUCAUGGACGUGGACAUGGACGUGGACGUGGACGUGGACGUGGACAUGGACAUGGACGUGGACAUGGACACGGACGUGGACAUGGACGUGGACAUGGACGUGGACGUGGACGUGGACAUGGACGUGGACGUGGACGUGGACAUGGACGUGGACGUGGACGUGGAGGACAUGGACGUGGACAUGGACGUUGACGUGGACGUGGACGUGGACGUGGACUUGGACGUGGACCUGGACGUGGACGUGGACGUGAACGUGGACAUGGACGUGGACGUGGACGUGGAUGUGAACGUGGACGUGGACCUGGACGUGGACGUGAACGUGGACACAGACGUGGACGUGGACGUGGACCUGGACGCGGACAUCGACGUGGACGUGGACCUGGACGUGGACAUGGACGUGGACGUGGACCUGGACGUGGACGUGGACAUGGACGUGGAUGUGGACGUGGACGUGGACGUGGACGUGGAGGUGGACGUGGACGUGGACGUGGACGUGGACGUGGAGGUGGACGUGGACGUGGACGUGGACGUGGACGUGGACAUGGACGUGGACGUGGACGUGGACGUGGACAGGGACACGGACGUGGACGUGGACACGGACGUGGACACGGACGUGGACGUGGACGUGGACGUGGACGUGGACGUGGACGUGGACAUGGACGUGGACGUGGACGUGGAGGAGGACAUGGACGUGGACAUGGACGUGGACGUGGACGUGGACGUGGACAUGGACGUGGACGUGGACGUAGACAUGGACGUGGACGUGGACGUGGAGGACUUGGAUGUGGACGUGGACGUGGACGUGGACGUGGACAUGGACGUGGACAUGGACGUGGACGUGGACGUGGACAUGGACGUGGACGUGGACGUGGACAUGGACGUGGACGUGGACGUGGAUGUGGACGUGGACAUGGCCGUGGACGUGGACGAGGACGUGGACGUGGACAUUGUCGGAGUGUGUGACCCUCAUCAGCACUUGCUCUUCUUCCUGUCGUUCUUCUUCAACACUCCCUGCUCUGUGCUGCCCUGCUUCAGUCACUCACAUGAACGUGAUCACUCCCUCACCCCACCGGUUCCUUCUUAG